AGGUAGUGUUGUCAUCUUCAACUUGAUCAAGCACAUGCGUCAAUGGCUGCCACCACCACUGUUUCCUUCUCCUUCUUCUCCACACCCUUUCGCAGUUUCCGAUUCCAAACACCAACAUCACCCCACCCCACAAGGCUCUCCAUCACAUGCCACUCUUCAUCACCUACCUCCAACGACCCUCUCCGUGUGGCCUUCGCCGGCGGCGGCACCGGCAGCAACAUCUACCCUGCGGUGGCAAUCGCGGAGGAGCUCAAAUCCCUGAACCCCUCGGGCCAGUUUCUCUUCCUCGGCGCCCCCAACAGCGUGGAAAGCGCCGCAAUCUCCUCCGCCGGCUACGACUUCGCCUCUGUCCCCGCACCACCCGACACGAACCCUUUCUUCUUCCCUCACCGUUUCUUCAACUCUCUUCUCCAAUGCCUCUGCCACCUCCGAGGCUUCCAACCCCACGUUCUCGUCAGCACUGGCGGCUACGUCUCUUUCCCCGCCUGCCUCGCCGCCAAGCUCCGAGGCACCAACGUUGUCAUCCACGAACCCAACUCCGUCCCUGGCUUCUCCAACACCCUCCUCUCCCCCCUCGCCGACGCCAUCAUCGUUGCUUUCAACUCCACCCUUGACAGUUUUCCCAGGAACAAGUGUUUCGUGUGUGGCAACCCCGUUAGAUUCUCUAUUAGGAACCUCGUCUCCAAGGAAACCGCCACCUGUCAUUUUUUUCCGGGUUUGGAUUGUGGUGGCAGGGUUUUGUUGGUGCUUGCUGGCUCCUAUGGCGCCAAUUCAGUUAACAUUGCGAUGCUGAAUUUGUACUAUCAGAUGCUGAGACGGGAUAGCGGUUUGCGUAUUAUAUGGCAAACUGGGGUUGAAGCCUUUGAUGAAAUGGAUAGCCUUGUCAAGAGUCAUCCACGCUUGUAUAUGACACCGUUCAUGCAUUGUAUGGAUUUGGCAUAUGCAGCAGCAGACUUGAUUGUUUCUAGAGCUGGUGCAAUGACUUGCUAUGAAAUAUUGGCAACUGGAAAACCAUCAAUCCUGAUACCUUCGCCAUAUUUCUCUGAGGGGAAUCAGUUCAGAAAUGCGUCCUUGAUGGCAGACUUAGCUGGUGUGACUGUUAUAACUGAGGAUGAGCUAGACUCGAGUACACUCGCCAUUGCAAUUGAAAAGAUUUUAAGGGACCAGAAGAAGAUGGAAGACAUGUCUGAGAGGGCUCUGAAAGCUGCAAACCCCAAUGCCUCAGCUGAGAUUGCAAAGCACAUUCUCUCUCUUGUAAAUGAAUCAACCAAAAAGAAAAGAGAUGGCUACAGAGUAGAAUCUUAGCAUGGCGAUAGAAAUUGAAAUAAAUUCAUGCUUACAAUACAACUGUAAGUUUGUCUUGUGGGCCAAUAACACCGAUGGAAACUCCAACUCCAAGAAGAAGUAUUCCACUGUUCUUGUGACGUGACAGCAUAGUGUUAGGAAUGUGAUAUAUGAUAAAGCUAACGAGUUUGAGAGCUCACAUAUCACUGGCACUUUGACGAGUAAACCAAGCAUGGAGGCUUUAAUUGCUCAUGCAGGGUUGUUAUCUGACGUGGGAGUGGUCCAUUUAUUAUUGUUUUAUUUAUUUCAUUUUGUGAACCGUGAUUCAUGGAGUGGUCUACUUUUGGUGGUUCACAUGGGAGACAUCCUUGUCACUAAGAAAAGUGUUUGAGUUUUCAUGAUGCCCUUGUCCUUCUUGAUGGUGAAUAAUGUAAUGCAACGUAACAUUCAACUGUCCAAGGUUCUCAAAACUCUCAGAAGAAAAUGAAACAAAUCUUUUCAUAACA